GGGUACAACUGUCAAUUACCCUUCGUUAUCGUGAGACUUUCACAGACCCUGUAGUCUUCUCAUUUCUAAAUUGUAUAACCUAAAAAUUCACAUACAUCUGAUUUAAUGGAGCGGAGGGACUACAAUCGCGGUGGUUACAGCCGUAGUCGUGUCGAUCGCUACUAUGAUGACCCACAAGAUGGUGGUAGAGGCGGAUAUGGUGCCGAUCGGUACUAUGAAGGCGAACACGAUGGUAGUAGAGGCGGAUAUGGUGGCGACCGGUACUAUGGCAGCGCACAAGAGGGUGGUAGAGACAUCGGAUAUGGAGGCGACCGGUACCAUGGUAGCCCACAAGAGGGUGGUAGAGACAGCGGAUAUGGUGGCGACCGGUACCAUGGAAGCCCACAAGAGAGUGGUAGAGGCGGCGGAUAUGGUAGAGACCGGUAUCAUGGAAGGGCACAAGAUGGUGGAAGAGGCGGCGGAUAUGGUGGCGACCGGUACUAUGGAGGCGCACAGGAUGGUGGAAGAGGCGGCGGAUAUGGUGGCGACCGGUACUAUAGAGGCACACAAAGGUGGUGGUAGAGGCGGCGGAUAUGGUGGCGACCGGUAUUAUGGAGGCGCACAAGAUGGCGGUGGAGCUGAUGUUGGUUACCUUUCUCGUCGUGGUAGCCGAGAUAGAAAUUACUCGCAUCCUUACAACAAUCGACAUCAGGAACAGUACGGAGGCAGUAGACGUAGAGAAUCUAGCGGCGGAGGAGGUGGUGGUUCGCAGUUGUACAGGAACAGAACUCCUACUUACCAUAGGCAGAAUACGGAUCGUGUACACGAUCUUUCUGCUCGCGAUAGAGAAAUAAGGGCGAGUCCUGUUGAAUAUAGUCAACCGGUCAGGUCUCGGUCUCCGGCGCCGACGAUCACUCAAACUCAGCUCCGCCUCGCCGAUCGGAUUCAAGAAGUUCACCAUCGCGAGGUAGAAGAAGUUCACCAUCGCGAGGUACAAUGUAUACCAUCUCCGAUGGAUGAUGAAGAAUAUGCGUAUGUACCCAUUAAACGUCCUGACCAUGGUAAACUUGCCAUGAAAUCAGUGAAGCUUCUUGUUAAUCAUUUCCCUGUGAAGUUCGAUCCAUCAAAAGCUAUAUUACGUUAUGAUGUCGACAUUAAACCAGAGAUGUCUUCUUCUUCUCGAUCUCUGAAAAAACCAAUACCAAAAUCGGACCUCCGAUUGAUCCAGGAGCAGUUAUGUUCUGAUAAUCCUAAUCAAUUCCCCCUACUCCAAACUGCAUACGAUGGUGAAAAGAACAUCUACAGUUCAGUUUCAUUACCUGAAGGAACUUACAAUGUCCAAUUACAUGGUCGAUCUUACACCUGCAAAAUCAAAUAUGGAACCAAAUUAGGUCUUUCAAAGCUUCAAGAUUUCUUGAAAGGAAACGCUAUACAAAUCCCUCGUGAUGUAUUGCAAGCUCUUGAUGUAGUAAUGAAAGCAAAUCUUUUUCGGGAAAAGGUUCCAGUUGGAAGAGGUUUAUACCCACGAGUGCAUAGAAAAGAAGAUGAUCUUCAUGGUGGUGUUGCUGCAUUCAGAGGCUCACAACAAAGCCUAAAAGUCACUUCAAAUGGAUUAGUAAUGUGUCUUGAUUACUCUGCUGUACCUUUUCGUAAAAGAAUGCCAGUUUUUGACUUUCUCAAAGAAUGCAUUCAAGGGAUCCGUGAAGUUAAUGACAUUGAAAGAUUUGGGAACCAAGUUAUACGCGCAUUGAAAGGAUUGAAAGUGGGUGUGAUUCAUCGUAGGACAAAUCAAAAGUACACUGUUUGUGGAUUGUCUGAAAAAGCUACACGGGAUCUUUCUUUUGUUCUUGAAGAUCUUGAAGGGAAGAAAGAACCUGAAGUUAUCAUGCUUACGGAUUACUUUAGAGAAAAAUGGGGUAAAGAGAUAAAACACAAAGGGGUUCCUUGUUUAAAUUUGGGAAAUAGUAAGAAACCGAAUUAUGUCCCGAUUGAAUUCUGUAUCUUGUCUGAAGAUAAAAGGUUUCCAAAAGAACAAUUAGGUAAAGAAGCUGCAAGAAAAUUAAAAGAGUUAUCUCUUCUCAAUCCAAAUUGUAGGGAAAGAGAGAUACACAACUUGGUUCAUGAUGAAUAUGCACCUGGCAAAAACGGUGCGAAUGCAAUCAAGAAUUUUGAAGUGGAAGUUGGGAUGAACAUGACAGAAGUGGAUGGACGUGUGAUGGCCCCACCACAACUCAAACUCGGUUCUUUAAGUGGAAAAACAAUGACAACAACGGUUGAUAGAAUGAAAUGUCAUUGGAAUCUUCUUCAAGGAAAAACUUUAGUAGUUGGAAAAUCAGCAGAAAGAUGGGCAGUGAUGGAUUUCACUCGUGAUGAUCGAAGAAACAGUUUAAAUGUCAACUACUUCAUUGGGAAGUUAAAGAACAGAUGUGAAAGUAUAGGGAUACAAAUGGAAGAACCAAUCAUGGUUCAUCAAACUACAAUGAGAGAGUUUUCAGAUGUUAACACACUCAAUCGUCUUCUUAAAGAAAUCGUGGAUGAAUGUAGAAGAAGAGACAAUAGACGAUUACAAAUGAUUGUUUGUGUAAUGGCUGAAAAACACGAUGGAUACAAAUACCUCAAAUGGGUAUCCGAGACCCAAAUCGGUGUCAUAACCCAAUGUUGUUUAUCCUUCAAUGCCAACAAAGCAAACGAUCAGUUUCUUGCUAAUUUAGGAAUGAAGAUAAACGCAAAAUUAGGAGGUAGCAAUGUCGAAUUAAUCGAACGAUUCCCGCGUUUCAACGGUUCGGAUCAUUUCAUGUUCAUCGGAGCGGACGUAAACCACCCGACCGCCGCCAACCAAUCAUCGCCAUCUGUCGCCGCCGUUGUCGGCUCCGUAAACUGGCCCGCCGCCACCCGUUACGCCGCCCGUGUCUCCCCGCAACACCACCGGAAAGAAGAGAUCGUUAACUUCGGGUGCUUGUGUUUGGAUCUUGUCAACACUUACGAACACCGGAAUGGAAUCAGACCAAACCGGAUUGUCGUAUUCCGUGACGGUGUUAGCGAUGGACAGUUCGAUAUGGUUUUGAAUAAAGAAAUGGUUGACAUGAAGAAAUCGCUUUAUACCGAAAACUACCGACCCGCGAUUACGUUUGUGGUGGCGCAAAAGCGGCAUACGACGCGGUUGUUUUUGAACAACGGGAAUGGAAUCGGGAAUGUCCCACCGGGGACAGUUGUCGACACGACAAUUGUUCAACCUUUUGAGUUUGAUUUCUAUCUUUGUUCUCAUUUCGGUGGAAUGGGAACGAGUAAGCCGACUCAUUACUCAGUGAUUUGGGAUGAGAACGGGUUUACAUCCGAUGAGAUGCAAAAGUUGAUAUACCAUUUGUGUUUUAUCUUUGCGCGGUGUACGAAACCGGUAUCGCUGGUUCCGCCGGUGUAUUACGCGGAUCUUGUGGCGUAUCGCGGUCGGAUGUUUCAAGAGGUGGCGGCGGAAUCGGAAUCGGAAUCGGGAAUGGGGGGUUCAGAAUCGUCUUCGUUUGAUCGGUUUUUCUAUAAUCUUGAGGAUCAUCUUAGGGAUUCUAUGUUUUUUAUAUAGGGAUGUUGAAGGGGCGAUACUUGUGGAGGUCAAAUGUCCUUUUCUAAACUGAAAUAGUGAAGGGAGUUUGUGCGCGAAUCUAAUGCGUUUCAUGCCUUUUCAGUGUUGUUUCUUUAUAUUAUAUUGUUGAC